UUCUCAUUUCUCAACCUUCAACUCAAGUUAAGAACCCUAGAUUGGAGGCGAUAUAUAAAUACAAUAUACCACACUCACUUAGGGUUUUACCACUAUCAUUUUAAGCAGUCGGCCAAUCGCUCUCUCAAUCAGGUAAGAUUGGAGGAUGUCACACAGGAAGUUUGAGCACCCUAGGCACGGUUCCCUUGGGUUUCUUCCAAGGAAGAGAGCCUCUCGCCACCGCGGAAAAGUGAAGGCUUUCCCCAAGGAUGAUCCAAGCAAGCCACCCCAUCUUACUGCUUUCUUGGGUAACAAAGCUGGAAUGACCCACAUUGUUAGAGAAGUCGAGAAGCCAGGGUCAAAACUUCACAAGAAGGAGACUUGUGAGGCUGUAACAAUCAUUGAGACCCCUCCCAUGGUAGUUGUCGGUGUUGUCGGAUACAUCAAGACUCCUCGUGGUCUUCGUUCAUUGAACACUGUUUGGGCCCAGCAUUUGAGUGAAGAACUCAGGAGGAGGUUCUACAAAAACUGGUGCAAAUCCAAGAAGAAGGCUUUCACCAAGUACUCCAAAAAGUAUGAGAGUGAAGAGGGAAAGAAAGACAUUCAGGCUCAGCUCGAGAAACUGAAGAAGUAUGCAACAGUUAUCAGAGUUUUGGCCCACAACCAGAUUAGGAAAAUGAAGGGUCUGAAGCAAAAGAAAGCUCACCUGAUGGAAAUCCAGGUGAACGGUGGUACUAUAGCGCAAAAAGUCGACUAUGCUUAUGGCUUCUUUGAGAAGCAAAUUCCCAUCGAUGCUGUCUUUCAAAAGGAUGAAAUGAUUGACAUAAUUGGUGUUACCAAGGGUAAGGGUUACGAAGGUGUUGUAACUCGUUGGGGUGUAACCCGUCUUCCCCGUAAAACUCACAGGGGUUUACGUAAGGUUGCGUGUAUUGGUGCUUGGCAUCCUGCUAGAGUUUCAUACACUGUUGCUAGGGCCGGACAAAACGGUUACCAUCACCGUACCGAGAUGAACAAAAAGAUCUACAAGCUCGGUAAAGCUGGUCAGGAGUCUCACUCUGCAAUGACCGAGUUUGACAGAACUGAAAAGGAUAUCACCCCAAUUGGUGGCUUUCCUCAUUACGGUGUGGUGAAGGACGAUUUCAUAAUGAUCAAGGGUUGCUGUGUUGGCCCGAAAAAGAGAGUGGUUACCUUGAGGCAAUCUCUUCUUAAACAGACAUCCCGCCUUGCCCUUGAAGAGAUUAAGAUCAAGUUUAUCGACACAUCCUCCAAAUUUGGUCACGGGCGCUUCCAGACAACAUCAGAGAAAGAGAAGUAUUACGGUCGUGUUAAGGCUUAAGUUAUUAGUGUUAUAGCAGUCAGUUUUGUGCUGCUUCUCCCUUACUUUGCAGAACAUGUCAAUUGUGCGAGCAAUUCUUUGCAGAGAUUCUAUGAUAUCAAUGUUGUCGAAAGUACAUUUGUUUUUUGGAGUUUGCUACCGAUAUCUAAAAUUUUGCUUCUAAUUUUUGAUACAUGUUUAAGUGCUGUAGUAUUCAUCCAAUAGUAUUAUGCUGCCCUUGGUUGCCUUGUUGGUUCUGAAUCA